AAGUCAUGCAAGUUCAUUGUGCCUUUUUACAAUGGAUGGGUGGGAAAUACAUCCUCUAACAUACAAAAUACCACCACAAAUGGCAAUUAACUAUUGAGAUUUGAAGAUAUGAUAAAUCUAACUAACUGUUUCUUCAUUGCUUGAAUGCAAACCCACAUCUUUUUGGGGGGCAAUAUUAGAGGAGCUGCUUAUGUUGGCUUAAUCCCCCAUAUCCCCCUAUGAAAGAGGCCUGGGGGCAGCCAGAUUGAUGACAACACAGCUUUAGACAGCUUUGUGCUGAGACAAAUAGUUCUGUCUAAUGAAUUUAGCUCGAAACGGUGUUUGAAAGCACAGUCUGUCAGUAUCCACUGUCUGUAUUUCAGUAUCACUUAUAAAAUAUGGAAAACCUUAAAGAGGACUACAAGAUUCAGUCUUUCGACUUGGAGACCCAGAAGCUGCUGAAAACGGCCCUGAAAGCCAUCUCUAUGCCCUCAGAGCCCAGCACGGUGGACCUGGAGAAGGUGUCGAAUGUCAUCGUGGACCAGUCUCUGAAGGACCAGGUCUUCAGCAAAGAGGCAGGACGCAUUUGCUACACUAUCGUUCAGGCCGAGGCCAAGCACAACAACGGCAAUGUGUUCCGGCGGAACCUGCUCAACCGACUGCAGCUGGAGUUUGUAGCCCGGGAGGAGACGCGGCUUCGCUCGCUGCAGGAGUGGGUCUGCUUCGUCACCUUCAUCUGCAACGUCUUCGACUACCUCAAGGUGAACAACAUGCCUAUGGUGGCUCUGGUGCAUCCUGUGUUUGACUGCCUGUUAAGGCUGGCUCAGCCCGACUCACUGAACAAUGAGGAAGAGGUAGACUGCCUGGUGCUGCAGCUGCACCGCAUCGGGGACCAGCUGGAGAAGAUGAACGGCCAGAAGAUGGACGAGCUCUUCUACCUGCUGCGGGACGGCUUCCUACUGCAGGAGGGCCUGAGCUCCAUGGCCCGUCUGCUGCUACUGGAGAUCCUGGAGUUCAGAGCCGGGGGCUGGACGCUCAGCGACACGGCCCAGAAAUACUACUACAGCGAAGUCAGCGACUAGACGGAGGCUAGGCCAGGCUACAGUAGGUGGGUGGGUGGUGUUCAGUAGGCACAAAAUGGGAUUGGACGAGCUGAGGUUGGAAUCUUCCGUUUCAUGUCUACUGAAUGUGACCCUGGGUGAUAGUAUUGGGAGAGGGGCUGCAUAGUGGAUGAUUACAGAAAGGACACUUUUUUUGCUGUGCUUUGCCAUGGGGUAGCGACUAGCCAGUGUGGUUAGCAGCAGGGAUAUUUCCACUAUAGCCAGUUAGUCAGUUCGAAAUGUGCAAUUGUAAAUGGUUGUAAAAAGGUUUUUGUUGGUGAGAGGUUUAUAUACAGAAGUGUAUUUGAAUUGGGUUGGUUUGAAGCAAGUUUGACUGAAUUUCAGGAUAUUUUGUGGGUUUCGAUUAGCAAUUUUUACUCCAGUCAAAUUAUUUAUUGUUUAUCCCUUUGCUUUCUGACAUUCCAAUGUUAUGAGACAUUUCACUAUUGUACAAAAGUAGUUCAGACACACAUUCCAGUCACUUGGGCUUGACCAUAAUUUGAGUUCUUAUAGAUCUUCUGCCAGUCGUCACUGAUACUGUUUUUAAGGGUGAUCUUUGUUACUUUUUUCUACAAAGAAUCUUGAGAGGUGUGCAGAAAAUGUGGAGAGCUUAGACAAUCAUUAGGCCCAAGUGAAUGUAUGGAUCAAAUGAUGAUCUCACAAUCAAUGCUUUACAAAAAGGCUUCUUUCACACAGACAGCCCAAUUCUGAUAUUUUCUUUGUUUUACCACUAAUUGGUCUUUUUACCAAUCAGAUUAGCUCUUUUGCCAAUAAUUGGGCAAAAUAUUAGAAUUGGUCUGCCUGUGUAAAUGCAGCCAUAGGGUCCAAAUCAAUUGUACAAUAUACUUUCCAGUCAACUUUUGUUUUAAAAGCACCCUAUUGUUUGAGUGGUAGAUUAAAAUGACUGAAAAGCAUUUUGGACUGAUUUGAGGGAUUUUUGACAAAAUCAAUCACACAAAAGAUUAAGACAACGCAUGUAACACUACAACGUGGGUCCACCCUGCUGCCAAUGACUCUUAAGCCUCUUUGUUUCCACUAAGGUCAAAAAACACAUGACGAGAGAGAGAGCAAUUUGUUAUAAUUGGGAUUUGGGACCAAGAGAUUUGUCAAAAGUAAUUUUGUAAUAUUUCCUUUCUGAAAAUAUCAAUACAUUUACUUUUUUAGGUGUGAAUCCUAGUUUCUGAAUUGUCAUAAUCACAAGUUUCUGAACACAUAGUUUUGUAGAACAUGUGGUGCCAAUAUGGACAGCAAUAUUGUCAAAGCUGGAAGUUAGUCAGCUUUUGCUGAUUCUAAUAAGAACAAAUAGUUUUGCUGAUGUUUUUGUAUUUGAAGUCUAUUAGAGGUACCUCUUUAAAGGACAUAGUCCACACUUUGGUGCUACAAAAUGGAUGCUGGCUUUUUUUUGCUUUCUGCUUGGGUAAACUGUACACCACAAUGCAGACAUUUAUGCAGUUUGGAAGCUGAUAAUAUUACUGCAUUAUAGCAACUUUAUAAGUUCUCUCUUGCUGUUCACUACUCGUUGCUGUUAGAUUUUCAAAACAGUAGUAAAUCUGAAGAUUACUCUAUUAUUUGAGUUUCUGAGAUUCAUUCCACCAGCACUAAGGUUUUACCAGGUUAACUUUAUUGAAGAAGUCCACAUCUAGUAGUUUGUGUAGUUCAGAAUAUGUUUGUUCAUAAUGUUUACACUGUGUGCUGAUCGAGUACUUUAAUAGGCUCACAAAACCAAACACAGUGUCUUGGAAAAACCACUGCACACAAACAGGAUGAGUCGAGACAAGCAGCAGACUAUUUCUAGGUCUUGUUCCAAUAUCUUUAACAUUCAUCUAUCCUUCCUUCCUCAUAGUAAUCACUGAUCUAACGUGAUCCAUUGCAGAGCUUUUUCCUACCCUAGUUAUGUCAGAUCAGUGAUUACUGCAAGAAAGUGAGGGAGGCAUGGAGGAAUUGUUAAGUAUUCAAACAGGACCAUUGACUGAAUGAAACUCUUUGAAGAGGGAAGAACCAUGGAAUUCGAUUUUAAAAAAAUUCUCGAAGAUAUGAUCACACAUAUUGUGUUUAUUAGUAGGCUAUUUUAGCAACCUCUGUUGGCCCUAGUGGACAGUUGUAGAAUAGAUUGAAAGGUUUAUUUGGUAAUAGUAGUUGUGGAAUCUGAAAAGUAACACUUGGGUGACUUGACAGCUUUUCUAUUGUUUGAAAUUUAGUUCACUAGAUCAGUGCUUCUCAACCGUUUUCAUUCAAAGGACUAACAAGCUGUGGUUCUCCUCAGUUUUGGAGUACAGCUAACAUAUUUUGGAGUACAGCUUAGAUAAAACGAGGCUUGCUAGAAACACUGCACUAAAAUAAACUUGCUGUUGGUCACCCACUAGUUUGAGCAUAUUUGAUAGGGCCAUGAUGUUGAAAGUAGAUUAUUUUAAAGUAAAUGUGUAUAUGCUAUAGGGCCUAUUUAUUGCUACAUAAAUACCAAGUAUUCAAAGUAAAGUAAUUCAGUAGAAACCUAAAUUGGACAGGAAGUGCAGCACCCAGUUUGCCACAUGCCUUUUGUUUUACACCGAAUUACCAAAUAAGUUUGAGCAUUUUGUACAUUUAUCUACUCUAGUAGAUGUACAGAAAGUUAGAAUUUACUGCGUUAUGACAGAGCUCAGUGUAUUAUAUUUUCCUAUAAAUAUUUCCAUUACUAUAAUUGGGUAUCUGACAAUCUGUUCAAAUGUCAGAAGUACAAACGUUGGUCAACUCCUUUUUUGCUACUGUUGUACAUUGACUGCAGAUUAAGAAAAAUCACAUGUUCAAAUAAAGUUGACCUGGGUUUAACAAAGCUUUGCAUUUAUUUUAAGAUUACACUGUUGAAUGCACCUAUAUUCUAAAUACAGUAUGUGAUCAUGUCAUUUGUAAUGUUUUCACAAUCAUUCUUUAUUGAACCAUAAUA